AUGUGUCACCGAAUUUGGAACAAUUCAGGAAUUAGAAAGGUGAUGAGAGGCACAGAAAUCUGCUAUGUAAGAGCUCUAGUGUGGUUCACAGUGGACCCCAGAGCCCAUAGGUUUAAUAGGGCUUUGCCCAGCCUUCUGGAAGGUCAGAGGUCAACCACCGUCUCAUCUCUCCCCAAGCAGGAGGUGCCCCGGGGCAGGCUCCGGGGUGAGAUCAGCGCUGUGCCCACAGGCAGACCCCAUGCCUUCCUGAACAUGUUCCCACAGCUGGCCUGCCCCUCCCUUUCUGGGGGCACUCCGAGUAACGCCCACACACUGCCUCCCCGGCCAGCUCUGCCCCACCUCGGGCAGCCCGGCAGCUCACCCCGCUCACCCCAGCACCUGGCCGCGGCCUCGGCGCUCGCCUGCUGCUCUCCCGCUCUGCGGCUCCACUCCUGGCGUCCUCAGGCUUCCUCUCAGCCCAACACGGGAGGCAGCCCCCAGGCUUCUGCCUCUAGCCUUGGCUGCUCUCUCUGGCCCUCUGCUCUCGCCAAAGCCUCCCAUCCUCAUGGCUGA